AUGUUAUCUUUGCUAUGAAUUAAACAUUUAGAAAGGAGUAAGUACGCUUUUUUGUGAGCCUGUGUGGAACGCAACCUGUGGAACAGACGGGCAUGAAUGACAUGAGGAGCUGGAGGCAAAGAGCUUUGUAAGUUUUAAUAAAAGGCACAUGAACGAAAAUACCAUGUGCCCUCACAGCAUUUGUACAUAAAUGAUACAAUACUACAAAACAAAGUAGAUCAUCAGAUCCAAUCAGACAGUUGCUUCCCACCUCUUAAGAAAGUAUCACAUGCGCACAUGCCAUUGGAGGGCCACCAGCCUCCAGUAUCAGUCAGUGCUGGAUGCAGACUACUAGUUAUAUAGACCGUUGGUCUGUUCCAGUACAAUAAGUCCAAUGCUUUUACAAUGCUGAGUUAAACACAUUCUCAGAAAUAGAAGCAACACAAAGCCAGGUUUUUUUUUCUUGGUUUUGUGUUGCUUAGUUGAGAGUUCCUAAGAAUAAAGCUUUAAAAGUGGUUCCACCCUUUUCUCAGAAACAAGCUCAGCUGUAUAAAGGAGAAAGACUCAGAGCCAGGAUCUUCUCUCACCUCUGCAACACAUGUCCAGAAUACCUCCACUGAGGUCAGAUCCUCCAACCCAGCAUCUGCCUCCUAACCAGGACCAAUAUGCAUGAGCUUCUUUCCGAAACUUUCUGGAGAGGAUCCAUCAGGCAGUGACAGAGUUAACAGGGCUGUGCAAGUAAGUUGAUCUGUAAGCCAGUAACAUAGAUAGACAGUUGUUAAAGUUCUCAAUAGGGCUGCAUUUUGGGGAGGGAGUGAGCUGUCAUCCCUUCAGCUGUGCAGAACUGAUCUUGCCUACAAAGGGUCACAAAUACAAGGUUAGUGGUACUCAAGAAUUAACAAUCUGCUCUAGAUUUUGCUUAAUAAAUGACGGCUCAGUUAAACUGAUUAUAACCCUCCCUCGUUAGUGGGGAGAGGGUCCAAAGUAUAUCGACCAGGAUUACUAGGCAAAAGUACAGUACAAAAUCUGUGUCCGUGCAGGACAAAUAAGCCUCAGUGAGCUUUCGGAAGGAAGGUUUCAGGGUUAUCAACAUGUAGUUCAACAUCAGAAGAAAAAGGAUUUCUGGUAAAUAGGAUCUUGUCGGGAUCACACACCCACACACACACACACACACACACCCCCUCUGAAUGUGUUAAGGAACUACACUUGUUUCCACAAGCCAUGACCUGAAUCCAGAAUUCAUACAUGUUUCAGUUCAAAUGAAGAGGCAGCUGAAAAAGAAGCUAAACAGGUUGAGUGACUUCACAUUGUGGGAGGAAUAAUGAUUACUUUUGGGGCUGUUUUGGAUAAUCCAGGCAGGUGAGGAUGCAACUGCAGAGCUCCUUAACUAGGUAUAAGAAUAAUAUUUGUAUUUUGAAUGGCUUUAUAGAAUUGCUGUUAAAAACUAGUAGAAAGCAAGCUUAUUUAGGAAGGAUCUUGAAAAAGAAACAGCAUGUGGGUGUUGUAAGAUGUGGGUGUGUACGCGUGUGAGUGUGCGUGUGUUUAGCUAAGCAGUAAUAGAGACAGAGUGUGUGAAUAAGGUUUAAUAUGAUGUUUACCUCAUCUCCUAACCAGGUGGAAAUUUUUUAUUAUUGUAUUCAUAACUAACAUGGUAGGCAGGAGACUGCGUAGCAUUAAAGCGUUAAAGUGUUCAGAUGCUACACGCAAGAAGGAACGUUCCCGUCCUGUUUCAGUCAGUCAAUGAUGCUUUGAUUUGCAGGCAUGAAUUAAUAUGGUUAACUCAUUCUAACCUACAGUUAUUUAUCUGCCCCAGCAAACAGAGCCCGGAUCUGUUCUGCAACCGAUUUGAGCCUGAAUACACUUCUUCUCGCUAGUACUGAAUCAUAAAUGACUCACUUCAGACUUGGAUGUGAGAGCAAAGUAUACAUUUGCAAACUGGCUCAUGAGACAUUGCUUUGCAAUGUAGGUGGGAUACAUUACAUACUGUAGCAGUCAAGUUCUGCUCUUUUUUUUUUUCCUCCUCCCUGUUGCUUCAUGCAGGAUGGUGUUCUGAUCCUAGGAUUACAGCAUCGUUUUUGAGGGUAUGAAAAGGAGCCACCUAUGCUCAAGUGAAUGUAUCAUGUGGACUUUUCUGGCCUGGCUUACAACUCGAGUUCUCCACUGAAGAUGGAUGAUUUAGCUUUACUUGACCUGCUGGAGUGUCCUGUGUGCUUUGAAAAGCUAGAUGUCACAGCCAAGGUGCUACCAUGCCAGCACACCUUCUGCAAGCCUUGUCUGCAGAGAAUACUGAAAUCCCAGAAGGAGCUGAGAUGCCCAGAAUGCAGAACUCUUGUCUUCUGCAGUAUUGAAGAGUUACCGUCCAACUUGCUUCUAAUUCGCUUACUGGAUGGUGUCAGAUGUGGACAAAAUGUUACGAGAUUUGGUUCACUCCAAAGAUCUGGGGUUCUGUCCUCUCCUGCCUCCAUCAGGAGAGUCCCAAGAGGUUUACAACUUAAUCAAUACAGACUGGCACCAACUCCCAGGAUCCAUAUGGAAGGGGUUCCACAGGCCAAAGCCUUAUAUUCCUACAGGGGACACAACCCUGGUGAACUGCGGUUCAAUAAAGGAGAUAUCAUAAUGUUGCUCCGCCAGCUGGACGAAGACUGGUACCUAGGAGAGAUCAACGGAGUCAGUGGAGUUUUCCCAACCAGCUCUGUGCAAGUUAUCAAGCACCUGCCACUGCCACCACCCCUCUGCAGAGCACUUUACAACUUUGAUAUGAGAGACAGAGAUAAAAGUGAAAAUAAGGACUGCUUAACUUUUCAUAAGGGUGAUAUCAUCACAGUGAUCAGCAGAGUUGAUGAGAACUGGGCUGAGGGCAAGUUAGGUGACAAAGUAGGGAUCUUCCCCAUCUUGUUUGUGGAGUCGAACACUACUGCAAGACAACUCCUACAGACAAGUAAAAGCCACCCAUCUUCCCAGUUUAAACGUGCAUCGCCCUUAAGAAUGUCCUCUCCCAAAGCAAGAGUCAAAGAGUCCCCAACUUUCCGCAAGGUAUCAGAAUCCAGGAGGAAAAGCCUGAGACAAUUCUCUAUCACAACUGCCUUAAACACACUCAACAGGAUUGUCCAUUCACCCACCGAUCGGCAGACUCUAGAAAUCAGCUCACCAGUGCUCAUCAGCUCCAGUAACCCAACGGUGAUAACCCAGAGCAGCGAGAAAAUGGAAUUCCCUUAUGGGACCCCAGUGCAAGUCAGCGCUUCUUAUUAUACUGCACCGGGAUCCCUGGGGCACUCAACAGCUAUUGUCACCCUUCCCCAUUUGCAGCAGAACAUAUCUGCUAAUAUGUGCGUUGCCCUCCAUUCCUACACAGCUCAUGGACCAGAUGAGCUGGAGCUGCAGAAGGGAGAAGGAGUUCGUGUUUUGGGGAAGUACUAUGACGGUUGGCUGCGGGGAAUGUCACUCGUCACAGGAAGGGUUGGGAUCUUCCCCAGCAAUUAUGUCGCCCCCCUUUUCAGGAAAUCAUCCAACAUCUCAGAUUCAAGGAUGCCUUCCCUGUAUGCCAGUUGGACGUUAUCUACAUCCUCCCUUUCCUCCCAAGGAAGCAUCUCAGAGAAUGGGCCAAGGCAAAGCAGACCUUUGAAGUCUGCUUUGAUGCCAACAACCAUGACCUCACCAGCAAGGAACAUGGCUAUGCCAGGCACUCCAGGACAAUCGUCCCUGAGGCGAGGACAUGGCAACACUAGGAAAAAUGGAUCAUUGCAGAGGCCUGUGCAGCCAGGCACUCCUGUUCACGUUGCCAGCUCCCUCCGGCGUGCUUCAGCUGCUGCUGUGAGACCUCAGGCAUUUCAACUGUAUCCACCACAAGGCCCCUUGACUGGAGCUGCCAUGGCUGAAGCUGGAGCAAGGCUGAAUUCUUCCCAUGAUCCUUCAUCAGUACUUGUGGCCAGGGGCAUUGAAAGUCAAUCUCCUUCUGCAUGUAGCUCAGUGAUCCUGGAUGCCAAAGACUCGCCAGCAAAAAGUGAGCCUCCAAAGCCACCUGCAUCAGCUCCUCCCUCCAUUUUGGUAAAACCAGAGUCCUCCCGGAACAACUCAGAAAAGCAAGUAAAAACAGUGAGAUUUCAGAACUACAGCCCACCUCCAUCCAAGAGGCACAGCUCGCAGUCAUCCCCAAGUCUCCCUCGUGGCAAAAUGGAGCAGAGAGCAGCUGCAGAGACAGCCCAACCGGAAGCAAACCUGAUGGGCCCCGACACUACAGCUCUCUACUCACACAGGAUCAGUUCCAGCCCUGUGCACCAGAGGAGGACGCUGCACCCAAAGACAUCAUCACUAGAUCUUUCUAUCCCAGCAGGACAACUGACCUUCCCGACCAAAAAGAACUACAGCAGCUUUUCUGAGAACUGAAAGGUUAAUUUCCUUUUAUUACACCCCCUUUUCCAGUGGGCUUUUUUUUCUCUGUACUGUGAGAAAAGCCUCUCACAGACCCAACACCAGCUUGCUUGCUGCCCUUUCCCCUUACAGGGACCACAGGUCCAAUCAGGUACUUAUAAUACUUGUGUUCCCUGCAAGAUCAAAACUUGUAAGGCACUCCCAACACUGCAGCUCCAAGAGAUCCAAGGAGCUCCAAGGAUGGGAUCACCACCUCUCUCCAGUUUUAUGGUAUAGUCCCAUUUUCAACACCAUUUGAUUUGCAUCCCUCCAACUGUCUGUACAAACUAUGGCAAUGGAUAAGUAUCCCCAACACAAUGAGUGAUACAACAGAAGCCUGCACUGCCACUGUGGGUGAGUGCAAGAUCCAUCCAUAGAGAUUGCAACCCCCUCAAAACCAAUGCUCCCAGGCAGUGCUGUAGCAGGGUGGGGAAGGGGAUGAGCAGGGUGAACGCCCUGGGCGUCAAAGCAAAGGAGCGC